AUGGCACCAAUACGUACCCGCGAUGCUAAAAAUGCAUCAAAAGAACCUCGAACGGAGAGCGCUGUGAAGAAGCGCAAAGGUUUCAGCGUAGGCCCUGCCAAUCUCCCCGAUGGCACCUAUCGACGCAAAACCCAAAAACUCAAGUCCGAUCUCAUUCAAAAAGCCAAAGUGAAAAAGGCCUACGCCAAGAUUAAAGCCGAAGAACUCGCCACACAGCCUAAAUCCGUAUAUGCAACUGCCGACGAGGAGCAAACGAACGAAGCUGCGGACCCUGCUUCUACAGAACUUCACCCGGAUCGAGUCGCAAUGUUGAAUGAGCCUGCGCCUGCGCCUGCGCCUGCACCGGAGCCCAAGCCUAAAGCCGAGUGGCGCCCGCGGCAGGAAGGCCAACGAAGGGAGCGAAAGCCAAGAGAGUCGGCUUUUAAGAAAGAAAUGGAGAUUGCGGAGCAGCGGAGGAAAUUUGCCGAGGCACGAGAAAAGGAGCGCGAUGCUAAGGUGAAGGAACGUGAGGCGAUGAUUCGUGCGAAGCGACCGGAUCAGUUUGGGAAACGGAGAUUAGGAAGGGAGAGCAAGGCCUUGCUUGAUCGAGUACAGCGGAUUGUUGGACAGUCUUGA